AAUCUCUUUUGUAGAGUCUUGGUGAUUGAAAAUGCACAAGAUGAACUGAUUUUGUUUAUCCCUGCAUUUCAGUGACCAAGAAGUUUGACUACAAUCGGUAGUUAAUCGCUUUUGAAAUUUAAGGCUAAAUCGGAUUAUAAAAUGACAUAAAACGCGUUAACCCUCAGGUGAUUAAGUCGUUUACAGUAGAGAUGGUGCUCUUUAUAUUUUAAAACCUCUUCAAAGUCUAAUAACUGAGGAAUUGUAACAACCUGACAUGGCUGUAUCUUUAAGCCAAAAAUGCCUGUACGAAAACAACUAAAGUCUAGUCAACCCCAAGCGUUUGGAAAGAAUGCGUUGUUACAGAAGCAGUACGAGCGUCUCUACAACCGACUAGAAAAGGAACGGAAGUCAACACAGAGGCGGAUCCAAGUCACAGAGGAGAAGUGUGUUCACGCCAUAUACUACUUGCUGCAGGAGGCUGAGUCGUUUGAACAACAGAAAAAACGGAAAGAGGAGGAAGAAAAGGAAAAACGUAUCCAGAAAGAGGGGAAGCUACCCGUGUUUUACUACGAAAUAGAGAAUGAAUACGAACCCCCAAAACCGGAAACGAAGGUGACCCGGGGGCGGCCCAUGACAGCAUCUGUUCGAACUCGAAAAGGAAGUGCAGAUCCUAAGGGAUUAAGAAAUCGACCCUCUUCCGCAAGCCCUGCUCUUUGUACUGAUAAAGCAGAUUCUGUGCCCAGUGCUCCUGACAUUCAAAGAGUCCCCAGUGCUGAUAGGUCUAAAAGGAGAUGCUCUAUUACGAGUUCGUGUGGCUCCAAUCAAAAAGAAAACGAUUCUAGACCAUGUUCUGCAAAUGUUGAGCCUCCCAACACGACUUCAGGAAGUAACCUAAAACUAUGGCAGCUCAGUCUUAGAAAAAACAGCGAAAGAAAACCGUCUGCUGUAAGAAGGGAAAGUGUAUCCAAAUUGGCGGAGGAAGUGCCAGCUGCAAGUCCGGAGCCAGAAUCAUUGAAUGCUUUUGCUCGACCAAAAACAGCUGACAGAUAUCGGCAACGGCGGCCCGAUGACGAGCUGUCCGAGUACUGGAAUCGGCGAGUGGCCAGUAUAAUCAGAAAGUGGGACCUCCAGGAUAAUGACCAGUAUUCAAAAGACCUUAAAGUUAUUAAGGACAUCGGCCGCCCACCGUACAGAAGAGUCGACUCCAAAACAGGAGAAGCCGAACUGAGGACUAAAACUUUUAUUCAAAAAUAUUCAGGCAAGUACCGAUCUUUGCUUAGACCUGAAACAGCACCGGUCUUGGAAAACAGACAGAGAAGAAAGGAAAAGAUAAGCAGACAAGAGUUAGCGACCAUUAAUGCCGACACUGCCAAACAUAAAAAGAACACCAAGAUGCUUCUACUUAAGAGUAGAGAAAUAAAACUCUAUGUAGAAAAUCUCCCCGGAGUGGACAAAACACAAAAUCCUCUUAAUUUGUCUAAUCCAUGACCUGUUAUAGUUUGUAUUAUGUAAGCGGAUUAAUAUACCUGUUAUGACCAUUUAAAAAACAAUUCACACAUCAAAUGAAAUAUACUUUUAGAUACGUGUACAAUGUAAUAAAAGGACAAUUUGUG